GCCUCCCCCCCGCCCCCCGCCUCUCUCCCCGGCAGCCCGCAGCGAGACGCGCCGCUCCCCAGCACUUUUUUGGGCCCGAGAUAUGGCAAUGGUAGUUAGCAGCUGGCGAGAUCCGCAGGAAGACGUGGCCGGGGGCACCCCGAGCGGCCCCAACCCCGCAGCGCAGCCGGCCCGAGAGCAGCCGCCCCAGCAGCAGGGGGGCUCGGCCGCCCCGCACACCCCGCAGACCCCCAGCCAGCCGGGACCCCCUUCCACGCCGGGCACGGCCGGGGACAAGGGCCCGGGGCAGCAGGGCUCGGGGCAGAGCCAGCAGCACAUCGAGUGCGUGGUGUGCGGGGACAAGUCCAGCGGCAAGCACUACGGCCAGUUCACCUGCGAGGGCUGCAAAAGUUUCUUCAAGAGGAGCGUCCGCAGGAACUUAACUUACACAUGCCGUGCCAACAGGAACUGUCCCAUCGACCAGCACCACCGCAACCAGUGCCAGUACUGCCGCCUCAAGAAGUGCCUCAAAGUGGGCAUGAGGCGGGAAGCGGUUCAGCGAGGAAGAAUGCCGCCCACCCAGCCCAACCCCGGCCAAUACGCCCUGACCAACGGGGACCCCCUGAACGGGCACUGCUAUCUCUCGGGAUACAUCUCCCUGCUGCUGCGGGCCGAGCCCUACCCCACCUCCCGCUACGGCAGCCAGUGCAUGCAGCCCAACAACAUCAUGGGCAUCGAGAACAUCUGCGAGCUGGCCGCCCGCCUGCUCUUCAGCGCCGUCGAGUGGGCCCGCAACAUCCCCUUCUUCCCCGACCUGCAGAUCACCGACCAGGUGGCCCUGCUGCGGCUCACCUGGAGCGAGCUCUUCGUGCUGAACGCGGCACAGUGCUCCAUGCCGCUGCAUGUGGCCCCGCUGCUGGCCGCCGCUGGCCUCCACGCCUCCCCCAUGUCGGCCGACCGCGUCGUCGCCUUCAUGGACCACAUCCGCAUCUUCCAGGAGCAGGUGGAGAAGCUGAAGGCACUGCACGUCGACUCGGCCGAGUACAGCUGCCUCAAAGCCAUCGUCCUCUUCACCUCAGACGCCUGCGGGCUGUCGGAUGCGGCGCACAUCGAGAGCCUGCAGGAGAAAUCGCAGUGCGCGCUGGAGGAGUACGUGCGGAGCCAGUACCCCAACCAGCCCAGCCGCUUCGGCAAGCUGCUGCUGCGGCUGCCCUCCCUGCGCACCGUUUCCUCCUCCGUCAUCGAGCAGCUCUUCUUCGUCCGCUUGGUAGGUAAAACUCCCAUCGAGACCCUCAUCAGGGAUAUGCUACUGUCGGGGAGCAGCUUCAACUGGCCUUACAUGUCCAUCCAGUGCUCCUAGAGCCCGGCCGCAGCCCGGCGGGGACGCUGCGCGGCGGCGGAGGCGGGGGCGCGCGCACCGAGGGGCGGUCGGGGCGCGGGGGGGGCCCGGGAGGCGGACACUGAACAAAAGAACGGCGCGAGUGGGAGCAGAGGUGUGGCCGCGGUGGGGAGAGGGACGGACCUCGCGUCCGUGCGGGUCGUGGUGUUGCGGUUGGUCUUCGGUUUGGUUGGGUUCCGGUUAUUAUUUUUUUUAUAUUUUUUUUCCGUUUUUUUUUUUUUCUUUCGGAGAGGAGGAAAAAAUAAGAUAAUAAUAAUAAAAGACAAAAAGGCAAAAAAAAUUAAAAAAAUACAAAAAAAUAAAAAUAUGAGUAUUGAGGGGAUAUUAAUCACACCUGAAGGGGAUACUGGAUCUUCCAGGAUUUAUUGUGGACUGUUGUUGAUAUAUGCUGUACAGUAACAAACAAAACAAAUCGCGUUGAAGCCGAACUGAACCUUGUGUAGAAUGAGCAACAAACCAACGAGCGAACAAACCGACAAACAAUUCCACGCGCAAACACUUACCACGAGCAUUGUUACUCAUUUUGUAAAAUAUUAGUCUUUAUUUUCAUUUUUUUUGUAAAACUUAAGACAUCGUAUGCGCAUAAAGGAAAAAAAAAAAAAGAAACAAUUAGGGGAAAAUAACAUUUUCCAAAUAAUUAUAAAAAAAAAAUUGUCCUGUGUCUAUGUAUCUAUAUCUGUUUUGUAUUUUUUUCUGGUUCCAAACCAGGUUUCCUGUGAUUCUAUACUAAUAAUUUUUGAUAUAACCCUUUGCUUCUUAUAAUGAGUGCGAUAUAUGUUGUCGAAGCUGUUCUUCAAGAAUUAAAAUUGAAGUGAGAAUUUAAACAAAAAUAAAAGAAUUUAGCAAAAAAAAAAAAAGAAAAAAGAGAGAAAAAAAAAACAACAACAACUUAUCACCCCACAACCCACGAGUCUCAUUGCUUGAAACAUGCCAACAGUUCAGCAAAAAGAGAGGAAAAAAACAAUAAUAACCAAAACCACUAGAGCUGCCUGGACCUUUAUCUCUUGUACCGGCCCUACAGGGGAGGACCGAGGCCCGCGCACGUGUCUGGUGCGGGACGGCCCAGCCGGGGCAUGGCACCACGCUGCCUCCUGCGGGACCGCGGGAUGGGGCGUGGAGUGGCCGUGGCUGCUGCACCUCUCGUGCGGACACGGUCCCUUUUCGUCUUUAUUUUUAAUUAUUAUUUUAUAUUUUACAUUGCGACUUUUAUGUCCUUCCCCCCCCCCCCCGCCUUCUCCCUUUUGCCCCAAGGACUCAGAGCGCGGCUGCUCUGCCCCAGCCUUGAGCGGGGACCCAGCGCUAUGCCCACGGCAGAUACCUGCCCCAGCUCUGCGCCCUGCGCGUAUUCCGCGUGUGCUUUUAUGUUUAUUUUUGUGUGUGUGUGCUAAGGAAAAAUUAAAGAUCAUUUCCGUAAUGGAGCUGCUGUGGAGGUGAAGGCUUCUCAGUGCUGCUCGGUCUCUGUAACAGCUUCCAUCGCAUUAAUGUUUUAUGGGAUCCGAGACGGAGCUGUAAGAACACACACUGCCAGGGGAGCUCUUUCUUAACGUAUUAAUAAAGCCGGAUCUUUAAAAAUAGCACUGCCCCCGCGCGCAGGCACCCCCCGUGCCCCCAACGAGCCCGGAUGAGGCAGGUUCGUUGAGUCACGGGCGGCGUUCUUUUAAUUUGCUGUCCUCCAUCCUCUCCUUCUCUCCCUCUUCCCUCUCUCUCUCUCUUUUUGCAUUAACAAGAUCCUUCAACCCAACCCGCUUGGGGCUUUUAAUAUUCCAGGCGCAGCAGAUCCGAGGCGAGCGCAGCUCCGCGCUCACAGCCGGGUACCAGCGCUGCGGGCAGGCGCUGCGCGGGGACGGCCCACGGGCACAGCUCGGGGGGAGCGGGGGUUGCCGGCGGGGAUGGGGCGCGGGGAUACUGCUCUGUCCUCCGCCCAGGUGGGGGUCCCGGGGGCGGGCCAGACUCUGGGGGUGCUGAAGGAGCCCCCCGGUCGCGCGCAGGGGUGGGUGGGUGAGAGCACGGAGGGACCAACAGCGGGGGUGAAGCAGAGGAGCUAAAGCGCGCGUGCACACACACACACAAAUCCACAAAACACAACAACAACAACAACAACUCAAAAAUAAUUAAAUAUUGUAAUAAAAAAAUUAAACCACAAACAAAUGGAGAUAGCGGAAAAGAAAGGCAGCUCUCGGUCGCUUCCAAUGAGAUGUAAAUAUAUUCAUUACAGUGUUAUCCCACUGAUGAAAACAGAUAAACUUUUUUUCGUAGGUCAGAAGAGUAUUUUUUAAUUAAUUUUCAAAUUUAUGGAUAAUUAUAAUGACCAAUGGAUUGCCAAGGAACGUGCAGGUAUGGAGGAGGUGUGCGAGAUGCGCUCAUUUCCAUGUAUGUGUCUGAAAGAAGUGUUCCGACCCCUCAUUAAACUUUGCUGACACGA